AGUGAAGAGGUGGAAAUGAUAAGGAGAACAAAUAAGAAUACAUGUCACUUUCCAAUACCCUACUGUUUACCUAGCCUACUCUGUCCACUAACACCAUUACAAUGAGGAGCAUUGUCCACCUCUCCCAGGACCUGCCAGCCUUCUCAAGCUCCUAAUUAAACAAAGUCACUUCCAGGGUUAUACAUUUCAGCUCAAUGGACAAACCUCUACACCAUUUACUGGUUGUGUAAGAAAAAACUGACAUUCUAAGAUAAUUUUUCUAGUGUGCAUGUUUUGAUUGCUCUUAGAUUUAAUCAAGAAAAUAAACAAUAAAGACAAGACAAAAUUGCAUUGUCUCUCCUAAGGAAACAAUUAUAACAAAGCAGGAUACAUUUGAGACAUAAGGACAAGUAAUAACCAAGCGGUGCAGCAUGGUGUGGACAAAGAAACAGAUGAUACUGGCCUUCGUAAUGGUGUCAACAGGCUCCAUCAACACUAUAUCAGCCAAGUGGACAGACCGCAUUGUUUCUGAAAACCGUCAUGGCAAUGUAGUCAACUUCAACCAUCCCUUCCUUCAGGCGGACUGUAUGUUUAUGGGAGAGAUGACCUGUAUGGCUGCCUUCUACAUUUUGAGGUUCUUGCGGCGAAGAGCACGGAAAGGUGCCUCAGAAUUGGCUUUGGACUCCGACCAGAACACCAAGUUUCCACCACUCGUGUUCUACCUGCCAGCAAUAUGUGACAUGACAGCCACCUCCAUGAUGUACCUUGGCCUUACCCUCACCUAUGCUAGCUCCUUUCAAAUGCUGAGAGGAGCAGUCAUAGUGUUCACGGGACUGUUAUCAGUGGGGUUCCUUGGGCGGCGGCUGCGUUACUUCCACUGGCUGGGAAUUGUGCUUGUGCUGAUUGGUUUAGUUGUUGUGGGUCUGUCAGACUUCAUUUCCUCAAGCAAGACCAAUCAAGAUCUCAAUGGUGUUAUUACUGGUGACCUCCUCAUCAUCAUGGCACAGAUUGUCACAGCAACACAGAUGGUGAUUGAGGAAAGGUUUGUCAUCAAGCACAACAUACCACCACUCCUUGCUGUGGGGUGGGAAGGAACCUUUGGCUUUCUGACACUGUCUGUGCUGCUGGUGCCCAUGUACUACAUCCCUGCUGGCAAACUGAGUGGCAAUGAGAAUGGCACCCUAGAAGAUGCCAUUGAUGCUUUUGUGCAGAUUGGCAACAGUGCUCUUCUAGCAUUCUCCCUAUUAAUGAACAUUGUCAGUAUUGCAUUCUUCAACUUUGCUGGGAUCAGUGUGACCAAAGAGUUGUCAGCCACCACCCGCAUGGUGCUUGACUCUGUGAGGACCUUUGUCAUCUGGGUGUUCACUCUUAUUGUCCAAUGGGAGACAUUCCAGUACCUACAGCCAAUAGGGUUCAUUAUCCUGAUGUUAGGCAUGAUGCUGUACAAUGACGUUAUCAUCUUGCCAUUCCUGCGGCAGCGUGGUGUUAUACAGGAUCAGAGGGUGCUGGAAGCAAUUCCAGUGUUGGAGGAAGUGGAUGAGAAGGACAAAGGUUCAACUUAUGGUAGCACUGUUGAUCCCUUCUGAGCUUCCCUGUCACCAGUGAUUCAGCUUCAUGAGAGCACAACUUCUAUCUCUGGCAACUAAUUACUCAUGUGUACUACUUCCCAUCAAUUUUGCAUGAUCCAGAAAGUCAAUAAAAGAGGCUUAAAAGUGAACCACAAAAUAGGAAUGUGAACUCUCUUGUUAUAUGUUUAAUUUCUUUACUGUGACAAAAAUUGAUGAAAAGGGAAAAAUUUUACUAUAAAGCUCACAUUAACAUAUACAUGAAGAACAUUUCUCUAUACAAAAAAUAUGGAUCCUUAAUUACUAUUUAUGGUUAUUUUCAUGAUUAAAUACAAGCUUAAAUCAUACUGUUUCUAAGUCUGUUGUUAUUAUUCUUGAUAUCACAAUAUCAAUGAUCAUCUAGUACUGAAUCAACAUAAAAGCUAAAACUUACAUCAAAUACCUUUUACGGGUGGUGGAGGAGGCCAGAGUUUUCCAAAUGAUAAUGAGCCUCAUGCCUCUGGGAGUGACAGACCAUUCCCACUAUCACUGACAUCAGGAAAAAUAUUCCUUGUGCAGGUCCACCUGACUUGGCCACUCAACCAGUAAGCAGCAUGUGACAUCAGGGUUUUUGGGCAAAGGAUAAACAUGUAGUAUGAGAAUGGAGAAUGAAAAUUUUCAAUCUAAAUGUGAAUAUGUUCAGAAAGCUUUUGUUUAGAAGAUAUAUUGAUUUCUGAUGCCUUAAACUUACACUUAAAAGUCCAUGCAUACACAUUCAUGACAAGCAAGAGAUGAAGCAAACUCAUGACUAUUGUUAAAAAAAAAUUAAAAAAUCAUUUGCA